UCUUCGCUCAUUUUAGUCAAUCCCGUCGAUUUCGAUCAAUCUCUUUGGAGCCCCGAUGCUCCUAAGACAUCUCAAACUCCCUUUUUGCUUCAGGCUCCCGAGAUCAUGUUCUGACACAGAGCAGAUUGUCGCUUGAACCUAUGGAGUAUACGCUGUAUGUUGUUUGAGCUCGUUAUCGACCAACCGCUGUUUGAUAGCUUUGUAACAAUACCCACAAUACUUAUUCGUCACGUGCUCGUGAUAUCUAGUAUUGAGUUGGUUGUCAGAGCGUUGGCAAGCACAAUUGCGCUUCCUGGAGAUACCGUCACCGAACGAGGGUUCCUUUUCUUCACUCCAGGGCUGGUCAGAGAAAAUGCGCUUUGACAGAGAAAGGAGCGAAGACUUGAGCUGGGAAGAUACAUUCUGGAUGGGUGCGCUUAUCCACGUAUGUUGCGAGUUGAGUCUCUUGCAACGACGUUAUCGAAGCUUGUCCUCUUGAACCUUUGGUUUUAUGAAGACUGACGCACUCGCAGUUCUGAAAGGAUAUGUGCUGAACCGCGCGCCUGAUUUAGUGGGGAACAAUAGAGGUGAAUG